AUGCUCUUGACAUUGACAAAUCCUGUGGAACAAUUAGAGGUCAUUGAUGACAUGGAAAGGCCGGGAGUGGCUUAUCAUUUUAGCCAACAGAAAAGAAAUAUAUUGGAAAAUGUUUGCAAUAAUGAAACAUCAAGCAUAAGUAACAAUUUAUACGCCGUGGCUCUUGAAUUUAGACUCUUAAGACAACAAGGCUAUUAUGGUGUGUCAUCAGGGACAUUUGAUGGAUUCUUAGAUUACAAUGGUAAUUUCCGUUCUCACCUUUCGAGCGAUAUCAAGGGUGUGUUAUCAUUGUAUGAAGCUUCUUUCCUUUCAAUUGAAGGUGAAGUAGUUUUGGAUAAAACAAGAGAGUUUAGCUCAAUUCAUCUUAAAGCAUUUGUGAAGGAAAGCUGCGAAGAUGAUGAAAUAUCACUUUUGGUUAGUCAUGCCCGAGAGCUUCCACUAUAUUGGAGGGUAUCAAGAUUAGAAACUCGGUGGUUCAUCCAUGUUUAUGAAAGAAGACUGAACAUGAGCCCCACUUUGCUCAAACUUGCUAAAUUGGACUUCAACAUCUUACAAGCUACUUACCAAGAGGAUAUGAAACACGUGUUAAGAUGGUGGAAAAGAACUGGACUCGGAGAAAAGCUGAGUUUUGUAAGGGAUAGAAUGGUUGAGAACCUCAUGGGGACAGUGGGUUUGGCUUUUCAACCACAAUUUCGAUAUUUUAGAAGAGUGGUUUCAAAGGUUUUUGCAAUGAUAACUAGAAUUGAUGAUAUGUAUGAUGUUCACGGCAGUUUGGAAGAACUAAAGCUUUUCACAGAAGUGGUAAACAGAUGGGACGGCAAUGCCAUGGAUGAACUUCCAGACUACAUGAAAAUUUGUUUCCUUGCACUUAAUAACUUUGUCAAUGAAGUGGCUUUUGACUUCCUCAAAGAAAAUGGACGCAACAUCAUUCCACACAUUAAGAAAGUGUGGGUUGAUCUCUGUAAAUCAGAUCUAGUUGAGGCAACAUGGUACCAUAAUGAUUAUAAACCCAGCUUUCUUGAGUACCUAGAAAAUGCAUGGAUUUCAAGUAGUGGACCAGUCGUACUUUUUCAUGCUUAUUUUCUACUUCCUAGUUCUACCAAUUAG